AUGCGGCCGCAUUCUGGAUCAGCCCUCGGCUCGACGAAGGCAGGGGGGCGACUUGAGGCAGGCGCGGGGGGGGCCGGGUCCGCGAAUGGAAACUCGCCGUGGUCAGACGGCCGAGGCGUGGUUUCGCUCUCUGUACGCCAGCUGGAGGCGCCGGACCGCGAGCGGAAGAGAAGAAAAGGCCCUCGGCAGAUAGUUCGGUACAGCGACGAGGUCAUAAGCUCAUGGCAGGUGUUCACUUUGCUAUCUGGCACCGUCUUCACCUCCCGCCGCCUAUGGUCUGCAGUGGCCCUUUACUGGGUCCUCGCGCUCGUCAUCUGCCUUCUCAUUCUGCACUUUGAAUCCGAGGCGUCGCAUCUGCAGUAUACCUCCUUCAAGGCAUUGGUCGACUACCUAUCAACCCUCAUUGGUUUUCUCCUAGGCAUGUACGUCUCCAAUUCGCUUUCGCGCUGGUGGUCACUCAGAAUGCACAUCGAUCAUUUGUGGGGCUGCGUGGAUGACCUCUGCAUGCUUGCCUGCUCCCACGUCCUCGAGGAAGACGAGCAAGUCGAUGCGUCCACCGGAGUCCUUCGAGCUCCGGCCCUAGCGACGAGUCCGCGCUCCCGGCAAAGUGACACAGAAAGCGGCCAGGGCGAGCAGUGGGGCUCAGGCGCGCCCGAAACGCGGAGCCGAUGCAAGCUCGAGGACGGCUCCAGCGACCCUGCGCGACCUCAGAGCGAGAGGGAUGCAGGCGAACUCGACUCGCCCGACGCGGGACCCGCCACGGCGAACACCAAGGCAGUCACUUCCGACGAAGGCAGAGACGACACACCACGAACCGCCCACGCGUCCAGGCCGCCGAGCGGGCGCACAUGGACCGGCAGGCUAGUGGAGAGCGAACCGCAGAUCAGGCUCGGAGGUGACAGCCCGAGACAGGCGGCGGACCACAGCCAAAUACGCCCGGCUGCUCUGGUCCUUGACGAACAGGAAGAGCGUCUGCUUCUCACCAAGGCCAACGUCUUGCGCCUCAUUCUCCGCCUGGGGAAAGUUGCCAUGAACCUCACGUUUGACGCGGCUGAACGGGAAAGCGGCGACCUUUCCUACCUCCAGAACGCCGGCCUCUUGAAUGCUGAGGAGCUCCGCCUGCUCGAGCCCGCGCCUUCGAAGGCACAAGUCGUAUGGGUCUGGCUCUCCCAGCUUGGCACUCUCCUCGCGAAGCGCGGGCGCCUCCUUUUCGCGGCGAACGCAACUCGAAAGUGGCAUGAGAUCUGUGCGAGGGGGCGAGGCGAAGUGGCUGCCUGCUGGGCCUUCGUGGAGACGCAGCUCCCGUUUUCCUACGUCCACCUAUUAUCUGUUUUGGUCCACAUUAACAACCUGUUUCUCUCGAUUCUCACGGGCGUGGGCGCCGCUGCUUGCGUCAGCCAGCUCGCGGAGACCUACGAAGCGCGAGCCACGUGGUUCGCGCCUCCAGGUCCGCUCCUCGGAAGCUCCUCAGUCCUGGCUACCAGCGUCGCUACUGCGCCGCCGGGGGCAGGUGGCCCAGGAGCCUCGGCGGGUCGGGGACCGUCAAGCGUGAGAGGCGGCGAGGGCGGCACGCGACUGCGUCCCAUGCAGCGCACCGCGGUCUGGGAAGUCACCCAGAUGCUGCUGAUGCACGUCAUGCUGCUUCUGGUGAUUCCCAUCUUUUACCACGGCAUGAUCAACCUGGCGCAAACUAUCGGGCACCCCUUCGGCUACAAGUCCGUGGCCUUCCCGAAGGACCUCUACGUCCACUUGAUGGACGCAGAAUGCUCGUCAUUUUUUACCGUGGGGCAGGCAGGACCGCCUCUGUUUCAAGCAGCCCCAUUCCCUGCCUCAGCCGCACGGUCGCCUUCGUGUGCAGACCUGUCUCCCACACCGUCGAGCGCCUGGUCCUCCAGCAGUUUUCUAGGAAGGGACAAAGCGGGCGCCGCAUGCGGCGUGAAGGCGAAAGCAGCUCGCGACAAGCUAGGCAGGUGA